CUGGUUGGCGGCUUCGGUUAUCACGAAGCGCGGUAUCACUGGCUAUCCCAAUAUGCUCUUCUGCCAAAGUUACCUGUGCCCGAUCCACGGACAACACUUGAGCAUUUUCUGGAAUUUGCUAAACCGUUACAAACAAACAAGGAGUUUGAGGAUACGAAAUUGGUUGUUGAGAGAUUCAAAGAAAAGGAAUUGCCAAUUCUACAAAAGCUUCUAGAACAACGUGCUACAACGCUAAACAACUGGCUGACACCAUGGUGGUUGAAUGUAGCAUACUUAGAAUCGCGCACACCGCUCCCGAUCAUAACAUCUCCAGGAUUACUAUUCCCCCUGUUUCCAAGUAACGACAAGGACACUCGAAUAGAUCAUGCUGCAAAAAUUACACAAGCCGCUGUAGAAUUCUACCUAAAAAUACUAAGAAAUGAACUUCCUCAGGACAUGGCUGGCAAAACACCAUUCGACAUGAGCCAAUACAAGUUUAUGUAUGGUACAACUCGAAUACCUAAAAAAGGAUGUGAUGAGAUUCGUUAUGGAUGCAGCAAUGAAAACCAUUCGAAGCAUAUUAUUGUUAUACACAAUGGUCAUCUUUUCUCAAUGCCUGUACUGAAUGCGACUGGUCAGCCGUUACCGUUAUCAGCGCUCUCCGGAUUUUUCAGUGACGUUAUCAAGCAAAGUCACGAGCGGAAACAACAUGCCGUCGGUAUUGUCUCAUCAGAUAAUCGUGAUCGGUGGGCUGAAGUCUACGAGCAGCUCAAAGAAAAUGCUACAAAUUCUUCACAUCUCUCUCUUAUUGAAGAUGCUUUGUUUGUCGUUUGCAUCGAUCAAGAGAGUACAUCUCCCGAAGACUAUACUGAGAAAGAUGAGCAAGCAAGACAGUGUUUACACGGAGGUGGAACGACAAGCAAUUCUUGCAACAGAUGGUUUGACAAAACGCUACAGUUCGUAGUUGGUGCUAAUGGCGCCUGCGGAAUGACCUAUGAACAUACUCCUGCAGAAGGUCCACCAGUAGCUGCUAUGAUGGAUUUCAUCUGUGAUAAAAUCAAAGCACAAGGUAAUGUGAAACGGUUGGAUUUCGAGCUUAAUGACGUUCAAAAAGCUCAAAUCGAAAAAAGUGGCAGGGAUUUUGACAAGGCAGUUGAUGAUGUAGAUGUAGCGGUAUACUCGUUCAAGCGGUUUGGUAAGAAUUACCCAAAAUCGGUGAAUAUCUCUCCAGACUCAUUCAUUCAAAUGGCAUUCCAGUUGGCGUUCUACAGAAUACAUUCUGCUUUACCGCCUACCUACGAAACAGCGACAUUGCGAAGGUUUCAAGAGGGACGGACUGAGAACAUACGGUCACCGAACCCAUUAGCUGAGAAUUUUGUCAAGAAGAUGGUGUCGGGAGCUGAACCUGCGGAAGUCAUUUACAAAGCUUUGAAAGCGGCUGCGGAAUCACAUAAGAAGUAUACGAUGAAUUGCAUGAAUGGAGCUGGAAUGGAUCGACAUCUCCUAGCAUGGAAACUUUUGGCGGCUGAAAAUGGCCUUUCGAAGCCGAGCAUUCUCAAUACACCUGCCUACGAAAAUAUGUGCCACUUUCAGGUCUCCACCAGUCAGGUCCCUACACGGAACUACAUCCAUCUGUGCUUUGGGCCAUCGGCACCUGACUGCUAUGGUAUCUGCUACAACCCUCAGGAAACUGAACUUCUUUUUACGAUCACAACCUUCAAAAGCUGUCCUUCAACAAGCUCCAAAUUAUUUGCAAAGGAACUGGAGCGUGCAUUCAACGACAUGAGUACUGUAUGCAACAAAGCUUUACGGCCCAUAUCUAAAUUGUAG